AUGAGCUGGGAUCGAGUCAUCCAAGACUCCGACGAGGACGAGCCUCUCGGAGACGAUGGGGUCGAUGCCCCGGCCUCGAUUGAGACCCUCCAGGACCACGAAUGCCCGAAGCAACAAUUGCUGGACAACUUGGGUCACCAUGUCGACGAGCAACAAGCAAACUACCCGAUUGAGCAACAAGCAGCUGAAGAAGUCGGCACCGAACCGGACCUCGGCGUUAAUUUCGAUCAAUUCUUGCAGUCUCAAGACAUGUCCCAAUCUGCAACGACUCUGUCGCAGCAGCGCCGAGAGGAACGAUGGAUUCCUUCGACUGGACAGGUUGGGGGUGGAUCAAUUGGAGCAAUGAUGACUGAAAUCGGACAUGCGCAGCGCCGACUACUCGACGAUGACCCUUCCAGCGCUGGCCAGCUUCUUCCCUCCACGGCGACUCAAUACCCAAGCGAGAUUUCCCAGCCUGGUUCGUACCCUACAAUCCCAAGCUAUCCAUAUGAACAAGUGAACGAGGUUCCCAAUGAGGAUUACACGUAUACCCGGCCUAUUGUCGAGGACUCCUACGAAGCGACGCAACUCCUCCCCCAGGUGCAUGCCAAUGGCUACGAAUACAGUACACCGGCAACAUCAAAUAACGUCGAAUCCCCACUUGGCGAUGCAAAUGAACGGACAUACACAAUUUCGACGUCUGUUCAACUCAAUGACGAUGUCCACGCAAAUUCACCGCACAAGACAGUCCAGCGGUCCAGGUCAAUGCAGUCGCAGAUGUGGUCUCCGCAUGACACCGAGCCAAUGUCAUCCGUCGUUUCCCGGGGAUUGACUAGAUCUAAGAGCGACAAUUCCAGAUCUGGACUUAUGUCACCGCAGCAUUCUGCGGGCAGUGCACAUGACGAACUAGCUCUGUCCAUGGUGACGCCAACAACGGUCGUGGAUGCUUCCGCCGUAAAAAAGAAGCGUGUCCGCCCGAAGAAACAGUCCCUGCCGGAAGACGAUGAAGAAGAUGAACUUGCCGCGCCUCGGAAUUACUUCGACUCUGAAUGGAGGAAGACAGCCGAGAAGCGGCGACGUGAGUCUCCUUCUAAGAAUCAAGACGCAUCGAAGAGAGAUAUCAUCGAGAUCAACGAUGAUGCAGAUGAUCCUUCUACUCGUGAGGCUAAGCCUCAUCAUGUACCGAGACUUAUGGUUGUUCUUCCCGUUGCUUUUGACAACAAAUCCAAGAGCAAUGACGCGAAUGGGUCAACCGAAUCCGGAACAGCAGCUACAAAGCCACCCAAGAAGAAGGUCAAAAGGAGCAAGACUGCGUCAGCGGUUCUCGAUAAGCCCAAGGGCGCAGCUGUCGAUGAUGAUGUGAUAUGGCUAGACUCGAACCCUCUCCAAGUGGACGAAACCAAGCCCACUGAGCAAGCCGGUAAUCCUCACAAAGCACAAGAUGCACCUCAAGUCACCCCCGUCACUCCCCGAGCGGAGGAAGCCCCCGCCCCGAAAAAGCGCGGGCGCAGGCGAAAGAAGCCCGUCGAGGCAAUCCCAGUAUCAGAAGAACAACCACAACCCUCUGAUCCAGAGCCUACCAUAUCAGAUAACGCCCCCACGAUUGAAGAGAACCAGGACUCAAUCCCUGAACCACAGAACGAAACCCCAGACGCCGCUCCUCAUCUGGGGCCAGCAACGACCAACGAACCCCCUCCCCAAACACCGCACCGCGCAGAAGGCAAAGAAAAUGACCCAGCAACGGGCAAAGCCUCGCACAAGGGCCCAACAAAGCACAGUCCGAUUCUGUCGACGACAAAGGUGCCGUACCGUGUUGGGUUAAGUAAACGGGCUCGCAUUACGCCUCUGUUGAAGGUUGUCCGGAAAUAA